AUGGCCUCUCCCCCCUCGCCAUCCUUCCAAUCCGCCCUCCUCGCCGGCGCCCUCGCAGGCGCAACCGUCGACCUCUCCCUCUUCCCCCUCGACACGCUAAAGACGCGCCUCCAGUCCUCGGCCGGCUUCUUCCCCUCGGGCGGCUUCUCAGGCAUAUACCGCGGCAUCGGCUCCGCCCUCGUCGGCUCCGCGCCCGGCGCCGCCUUCUUCUUCUGCACCUACGAGACGACAAAGAGCUUCCUCAGCAGCCGCCUUCGCAGCAGCAGCAGCAGUCAUUCUUCCUCCUCCGAUGGCAAUGCGGCGACGACGACAACAUCGUGGGUGCCGGCGGAUAUCCUGACGCACAUGCUCGCCUCCUCGCUCGGCGAAAUCGCCGCCUGCUCCGUCCGCGUGCCCACAGAGGUCGUCAAGCAGCGCGCCCAGGCCGGCCACCACGGCGGCUCCUCCGCCCGCGCCCUCGCCCACAUCCUCCGCUCCGGCUCCGCAUCGAGCGGCCAGCGGAGCCUGAUUGCCGUCUGGCGCGAGCUGUACCGCGGCUGGGGCAUCACCGUCUUCCGCGAGGUGCCCUUUACCGUCAUCCAGUUCCCGCUGUGGGAGGCCAUGAAGGCUUGGGGCCGGAGGAGGCGCGGCGGCGGCGGUGCUGGUGGUGGUGGUGAUGUUUCCGCGGGAGAGAGCGCGCUGUAUGGGAGUUUGGCGGGAGGCGUGGCGGCGGCGGCGACGACGCCGUUGGACGUGCUCAAGACGAGGGUCAUGUUGUCCAAGGAAAGGGUCUCGGUGGCGGAUGUGUUUCGGCGCAUGGCGAGGGAAGAAGGCGUCAGGCCUUUCUUUGCGGGCAUCGCGCCGCGGGUGACGUGGAUAUCCAUCGGCGGUGCGAUAUUUCUCGGGAGUUACCAGUGGGUGAUCAAUACCAUGAACAGCAUACAGGUAGCCUCAUGA